AUGGCAAACGACUACAAGCAGCUCAAGACACAGCAUGUCUCCGGACAUGUAGGGAGCUCGCUCUUCGAUAUUAACAGUGUUUCCCUCUCAAUGCCUUUGACGAUCCUUUUGUGGUCGGUACUCCAAUCGCGCAUGCGUCAAUUUACGCCAUACACUGCGAGUGCUUUCUUCAUCGAUCUUCUACUGAGUUGCGGCAUAACGCUUGUGGCGACGACUGUGUACUCAUCCUCGCCAUGGCUCUUGAAUACAUUAUUGGUCGCGCCGGCAGCCAUGAUAUACUUCACCGACUCGAAGCCAGCGAUGCCUAGACAAAGCAGCGCACGACGACCACCGAAGAAAUCCGACGACGCAGAGCAAGCGAAGCUGGACGCGCUCCCAAUCAAGCCCUUUCUCACAAACUAUCGCGGGUCCAUGAUGGUCAUAACGUGCAUUGCUAUCCUAGCUGUAGACUUUCGCAUCUUUCCGCGUCGCUUUGCCAAGGUGGAAAACUGGGGAACAUCUUUGAUGGACAUGGGGGUAGGAUCAUUCGUGUUUACGAAUGGGGUUGUAUCCGUUCGAUCGUCCUUGAAGACAAAGACAGGAGAGCUACCACCUCUGGCCAAGAGGCUGGUUGCGUCCCUGAGACAUGCGCUCCCACUGAUUGCCCUGGGAACGGUCCGCCUGGUUUCGGUCAAAGGCCUUGACUAUGCAGAGCAUGUCACAGAAUAUGGUGUCCACUGGAACUUCUUCUUCACGCUGGGAUUCAUACCGCCCUUCGUCGCAAUCUUCCAGUCAAUUUUCGCCCUCGUACCAUCAUAUGCAGUUCUCUCAUGCGCCCUAGCCUGCAUUUACGAGAUUGCGCUCGAUAAAACCAACCUCGGUGCUUUCAUCCUUACCGCUCAGCGCACUGAUAUCCUCUCUAAGAACAGAGAAGGUAUUUUCUCCUUCUUCGGCUACUUGGCCAUUUUCCUCGCGGGUCAAUCACUUGGGACCUACACCCUACCCCGGCAGGUGCCGCUCGACAAAGACGCUUCUAUAAAAACGCGGCUUCGGCAGUCAAUCUUAGGCAAACUCGUGGUCUCUUCCGUCCUUUGGACCGCGCUAUUCUAUAUUUCCAUCAGCUACUAUGGCCUUGGUCUGGUUGUGUCACGGCGUCUUGCCAACUUGCCUUACUUUCUCUGGGUCUGUUCAUUCAACACCUACCAGAUUGCGAUAUGUUGCGCCAUCGAAACAUUCGUCUUUCCCAAUCUUUACACAGCUGUGGCAAGGGGAGAGGAGAAACAAAGGUGCCGGGAAGCAACAAGCCAGAUCCUGUAUGCCGUCAAUCGGAAUGGAUUGGCAGUGUUUCUGUUGGCGAACCUUCUUACAGGGCUCGUAAAUCUCACGAUGCCAACGCUGGACAUGGGCGUGGUAAAUACCAUGGCAGUAUUGGUGACAUAUAUUACUUGUAUAGCUGGGCUUGCGAUCUGGUUAGAUCGAGCCGAUGUUUCUAUCAAGCUGUAG